AGUGCAUGGUUCAUACUGUGGACUGGACCAUAUUACUCAGUACGGAUCCGAAUGUUUUCAGCCUUGGAAGGACAGGCCAGUAUGGCGGACAUGGAAGACGACUUCGGGCCAGGGACCGCCAAAGGCUGGGCUGAGGUGAUACGACGCUGCCACGGGGUUGAGUUCUACACCGAGGCGGUCGAAAAAGAACGCACUGCCUCGGCCGCGUACGACCGAGACGCGCCAGCUCUUGAGACCCAGGUCGGGCAACUAAAGCGGGAGCUGGAGCUGGCCCAAGAUCAACUCACGAAACUGCGCGACGCCCGUGACACGGCCAAGAAGGAGAAAGAGAACGAACAGGCCUUUAUAUUGGAGCAGGCAGAGGCCUUUGUAUCGGUGUUCCGUACCCGCCAACGCCAAGAAGAGUCUCGCCCAGGUGCACGUCGACAGAGGGCAGCAGACACCCACCAAGGUCGACUGUCACCCCCACCAUCAGGAGCAAGCGCUGCCAACGGAUCGGGAGGGGCCGCCACCUCAACGGAACCAGAAGAGAGCCCGCAUAACCGUCGCACCGGCAGCCCAUCUGGGGCAGAAGAUUCUGAAUCGGACUUCAGCCAGCAAGAGAAAACACGACGGUCGAGGCGAGUGCGCAGGGCGCCCCGAGGUCGGGCCCUUCCCCCUCGUAGGCAGGGAGCAGCAGCUGAGAUACCACAACAUACGACGGGAAAGAGAAAACGGAAUGGCGAGGACGUAGGAGACAGCAGUCGCCAGCGAAAGUCGCAAAAAGUCACUCCAGUCACCUCGGAAACCGGACACCCGACAGAUAAUGAGAAAGCCAGGAUUGAGGUGGAACAGGGAAUGCACGAAAUGAGAUCAAUCGAGUUCGACGAGGUGUUCCAGGGCGGAAAGGCCAAGCACAAGCACCAAAUUGUCGACUACCCCAAGAGGAGUGGGAACUGGUUUAUCUUUCUGUGCGACCAACACAACCAGCAUUUCGGCAACAAGCCCAUGUACUCGGCCAUGAGACACCUCGUCAGAAUGGACCAUGGCCGUCUUCUCCAGGGUGGUUACAUCGCCAUCCGAGAGCUCGGCGUCCGCGUACUUAACUGCGACCGCAAUAAGGCCGACCAGAAUAAUGCUGCCUUUGAUGUCGAACUAAAGCGAGGAUAUAAGCCGCUCAAGGGUGGGCCACAUUCCGGGAACACUUCGCAGCGAUGCGAGCCGCAACAAGCCCAACCCCAACCCCAAGCCAGUCUGGGCCCCAGUCCAAGGCCUUUUAUGCACGGCAAGCCAUUCGACGGCGUCACGGAGCCUGUGCCGGGAGAGCUGUACCUUGGUCACUGGGCGCCGCGACACAGGUGGUACGUUGUCGUGGUCCUCCCGUGCGGCGACUUUCGUGUCGCGGGUGUCUCCGGAUCCAUCUAUGAAAGCCCUCUCAUCAAGAGCCACAUCCCUCUUUGCUACGAGCCCCGCAGCAGCAAGAACAGUCGGCCCAGCUUUAAGUGGGCGAAGGGCUUCGAAAAAGGAGGCCCCAACGUCACCAGACGGAAGUUCCCCGUCAUGUUCUGCGACGACGAGCCGAUGCAGAUGGACCCGAGCGGGUUCGCCAUACCGCCUCCGGUCUCGCUAGGCUGGUUGUCAGCUGCGUCGCUCCGACCAUUCAGUGAAUUUGGACCAAAUGGCAUGCCUCCCCUUGGCCAUAACGUCGCCAUGAGGUUUGUCAAGAGCCGUAGGCUAGGAGUUGGAAGCACAGCUCCAUCCCACCUCGGUGGCCAGGCAGCCGGUGCGUUGUCCACAAGGCAAAGAUGA